GUUGAAUGUGGCUGACUUUUUGUUUACAAUCGAACCGUCAGCUGCUGCAGUACUGCAAAGUGGUUCUGACUAUCGUUUUGUUACCAGCUGUCGUUCAUUCAAAUCACUCUCUUUAAUAUGUCUUCCUUCAUGGACACUUCCGAGCCCCGUAUGCCCCACGUCUUCGUUAUCCCCCCCGAAGAAGAGCACUCCCAAAAUCCCCCUUGGUGCUGUUUCGACGCAGACCUGCCUGCAGAGAAUAGCGCAUCUAUUGAUGUGACCUCUGCUAACCAACCUGACAUCUUAUUCGAUGUACCCUUCUUAUUGCACCAGCCAGAACCCACUGUUCCCAUCCACCCUGAGCAGCCUGGUACAAGCCCAGUGGAUAUCCCACAGACCAGGAGUUCUACCUCUAGCACUAGGACCGAGAAGCGUCAGCGUCCACCGCAUAUCAAUAUCUCUGAGAUACGAGACCCGGAUGUGAUUGAGGUCGUCAAGCUCAAACGUUCAAAGGACCAUAAAUCCAACUACGCAGAUCACGUCCCGCCGUCCCCGUCAAACCCGGAGCCACAAUUGAAGCGCUCAAAGACUUUCCGUUCCCGUGCAUCCCGCGCAUUUCAAUCCAUAAAGAACGUCUCGCUUACCCGUGGCAAACAAACGAAUACCAAACCACAUGUCAAGGACCUUUGGACAUCCACUGAGAGCAUGCCAGGCAUAUUCAGAGGCGUUUUGCACUCCCAAGAGGACGUGCCACCAGUGCCUAUUCGCAAGCUGUCGGGCCUCUUCCAGAAACAGUUCCCAUCGUCGGAGGGAAUCCUCUCAAGCUCAACAACCACAUCAUUGCCUUAUCUCAAGGGCUCUGACACCACACCCUCCAUCUCUGACAUUCGGCCCUCGUAUGAGUUCAUUGAGCGCCCCCUCACUCCCUGUGCACCCACAUAUGACCAUAGCCUUCGUCGUCCAGUGUCUUCAGCCGACUUCCAACGCUCUCCUUCACCCGAAUCCAAGUCUAGCAAGGAUUUGAAGCGACCUAUCUCAUCACAGGAACUUCAACAUCCAGUAAAAGACUUGCGUCCAGUGUCUUCGGAAGAUUUCCAGCAAAACGAGCGCUCGGCGUCGCCCAGCCCCUCCACCAAAGGAUCGCGCAAGCGCUUCUCCAUUAAUGAGCUGCACCGCAUGUUCUCUUUCUCUCCAGAGCCUCCUUCCUCUUCCACAUCCCCCCCAACAUCCGCGUCAACAUCGAGUACACACUCUUAUCCCGAUGUUCCAUACGCCGCUGUGCAUUUUGUUGACGACGAUUACGGAAAAGAGGUCGAGGGCAAGUACGGUCGGAGUCUCGAACUCCUUGAUGUCGACGACGGCGAGUUGCCCCCUCCCUCGCGCCCAAGGGAUAUCAGUUUCGAGAUGCGGCUCGACAGCUUCCACUUUGACUCGUUGGCGUUCGAUCCCGAGGAGUUUGAUGUGAGCAUGAACUUGGGGACCACGGGGCUAGAUAUAUUCCGGCGAUGAUAUCUGUCUUUUUUAUAUGCUGUGAAUUCUGCGAUCGUCAAUGGCUUUCCGGAGGGGUACAUACUCGUAGGCUGGGCCUCGCGGGUUCCCUCGCCCAUUUCUUAUUUAUCUGUGCUUCAUUUCACGACCUGUACGAUACCGAUCCACAUCUACAAAGAACUUAACCAACUCUCUAUGCUGACUUCAAACAUUCUCGUAUAUCAUGUAAACGCUGCUUGGACUCACGAUUUUAUGUCCUCGAUGUUCUUACAUUAUUACUCGUCCAUACCUACUCGCUUUUAUUUAAGUUAUCUCGGGCUCCCAUAACUCUGUAAGCUGGUUAUAUAUAGGAUGUGAC